CGGAGUCGUCGCAGCCACCUCAUUGCACAACCCGGCUUCCCAACUGUUUACACAGCCCGGCCUGUGAGUGUGUGUGUGUGUGUGUGUGUGUGUGUGUGUAUACAGCGUGAGUCACUGGGAGGCGGAGGAGGUGGAGGAAAAGGAGAAGGAGUGCACUGGCCGGGAUCAGUGCGGCACACACACUCAUAUUCAGUCACUCUCUCUGAGCGCGUCUCGCUCGCUCGCUCACACGCCGGGAGCCCAGGAGCGCGCAGGAUCCCGAGCGGCGCGGAAAAAGUUGUGCCGGCUUUUACUCAAGACUAAUUGCUUUGGGAAGUGCGUUUGCUCUCUGAAGCCGCCGAGCCUGCGGAAUCCUGUCCUCAAGGCUCAGCACCCGGGAACUCGGGACGCCUCCACGUCCUGGACUAUCCACAGCCUCGGCAACAAUAGCUGCCCCCGCCGCCAGCGAGGCGCCUAGACCUAGUGCCUGCGGGGGUCUGGGGACCCCAACCGGCCUCCCGGGCUCAGACGUGUGGCCAGCGUGGUCCUCGUGUGCAACCCCAGCGUACAGGAACGGCUCUCGUUUUGCUCCUCUUGGGGGCCGAUCCAAGCUCCAUCUGCAAACUCCAUCCCGAGGGCUGGAAGAAGUCGCCGCGCGGAUCCGGGGAUUUACAAAGCCGGGGCCGCUCCGGCCAGGGCCGCGAUGCGGGUCGGUCCCGUGCGCUUUGCACUCAGCGGCGCCUCGCAGCCCCGCGGUCCGGCUCUACUGUUCCCGGCUGCCCGGGGUACCCCGACCAAACGCCUGCUGGACGCGGACGACGCGGCGGCUGUGGCGGCCAAAUGUCCGCGCCUCUCUGAAUGCUCGAGCCCCCCAGACUACCUCAGUCCCCCGGGCUCGCCCUGCAGCCCGCAGCCUCCGCCCUCCGCGCAGGGGACCGGCGGCAGCUGUGCGAGCGCACCCGGGCCCAGCCGCAUCGCCGACUACCUGCUGCUGCCCCUAGCUGAGCGCGAGCAUGUGUCCCGGGCGCUGUGCAUCCACACCGGCCGCGAACUGCGCUGCAAGGUGUUUCCCAUUAAACACUACCAGGACAAAAUCAGGCCUUACAUCCAGCUGCCAUCGCACAGGAACAUUACUGGCAUCGUGGAAGUGAUCCUCGGGGAGAGCAAGGCCUAUGUCUUCUUCGAGAAGGACUUUGGGGACAUGCACUCCUAUGUGCGGAGCCGGAAACGGCUUCGGGAAGAGGAGGCCGCUCGGCUCUUCAAGCAGAUUGUUUCGGCCGUGGCCCACUGCCACCAGUCGGCCAUUGUGCUGGGGGAUCUGAAGCUUAGGAAGUUCGUCUUCUCCACGGAGGAGAGAACCCAGCUUAGGUUGGAAAGCCUGGAAGACACACACAUAAUCAAGGGUGAAGAUGAUGCGCUGUCGGACAAACAUGGCUGCCCAGCCUAUGUGAGUCCCGAGAUCCUCAACACUACUGGGACCUACUCUGGAAAGGCAGCGGACGUUUGGAGCCUUGGAGUGAUGCUCUAUACGCUUUUGGUUGGACGAUACCCCUUUCAUGACUCAGACCCGAGUGCCCUUUUCUCCAAAAUCCGCCGUGGACAGUUCUGCAUUCCUGAGCAUGUUUCCCCCAAAGCCAGGUGCCUCAUCCGCAGCCUCCUGAGGCGAGAACCUUCCGAGAGACUCACAGCUCCCGAGACCUUGCUCCAUCCCUGGUUUGAAUAUGUUUUGGAACCAGGGUAUGUUGACUCAGAAACAGGAAGUUCGGACCAGAUUGUUCCUGAGUACCAAGAGGACAGUGACAUUAGUUCCUUCUUCUGCUAA